CGCGAUGAAAAUAAUAUUUCCGAGAGUAGAACUCUGAGUAAGCCUAUCAAAACCCUCUAUUAUCGUAUUAUGCAGGAUGCUUUUAUAAGGAACGAAACAGAUCCCAACUAUGGCGGGAGACGCAGACAAACCGCGCAAGACAAAUCGCUCCAAGUGGAACAUUUUAAUCGUAUGCCACAUCGUAUUCUCCAUCGUACUAGCCGCACUUGUGAUACAUCACUAUGUCAAGAACGAAUCCAGAUUCAAGGAGCUCGGGGAAAAGCUCGAGCGGUGCGAAACUAUCAGGGAUUUAGCCUCAGAAAUGACGGUGUCUGUCUCAACGUCAACGCCAAGGGUAGUCCAGGGUCUCAGCGCGAUGUUAAGAAGAAGUCCCCAAGAGAACGAAACGAGUGAGAUUAGCAGAACUACCACCAAAACAAAAAUCAAAGCGGGCUUUAUUGAGGCUCGGAAGGAAAACGCAACAGAGGUCGGACACGAGGGCUUUCUUCCUGAAACUGGUCCUGGAAUUCAGGCAAAUCACAUGCAAAAUAACAUUACUGCAGUGAACGAGAGUUCUCCUGAGAAACAUUUCAAAGGAUCAGAUGGAAAUUUGUCACGAGGAUGGUACAAAGGAAGCGAGGUUGAUCCAAGGUCCUGUUUAGAGCUGCUCAAGUCGAUCCUGGUAACGAGAGCCAAAAAAUCUGCACAGAUUUACGAGGGCCGCGAGGUCCACCGGGAAGUCGCGGGCCGCGAGGGUUCACGGGGACACCAGGAGAGCAAGGCAAACCCGGUGGCUCACAUGCAGUUGGUGGCCAGCAAGGCGAAGGAUGUUCUGGGACCAUGCUUGCCCCUCCACUUUUCCUAGAAACUCAACCCACGUACAUAUCACGUGAGGGCAUCUCCAAAAAAAUGACGUGCAAUACCACAGCUAAUCCGUCAGCUAAUAUAAAGUGGUUUCGCAAUGACGUCAUACUGACUGGCAGGCGAUAUCAAAUUUCACAGAGUGUCAUGGAGUCUCAAAGUAAGCGUAAAACCCAGGACUUUUUAGUUCCCCGGAAGAGAUUUGAUCUGGUAUACCAUACUAUUUUAAUUCAAGAAUUGCACAACCUUGGAGUAAAUGAGAUCUCAAUUAGAUGGAAUUAGGGGCCUUCCUAACCAACAGGUAAAGAUAGGAAGGUCAUUAUCUGAACCCGUGUAUCCUAGAUGUGGCAUUCCACAAGGUACGAAACCUAGCUCCCUUGUUGUUUGCCGUGUAAGUAAUCAAGUUAUAAAACAAGUAAACAACUUAUAAGAUCCUAUCGAGGAAUCUUUCCUGGAGUCACCAUAUUGAAUUUAUUGUCAAAAGGUGUAACGCAUCCUAGAGAAGGCAGGCGCCCCUAAGUCUGAUAUUGUUUUAGUUUAUUGUAGUUUUGUGAGGCGUAUCCUUCUUAUGCGUCUCCCGUCUGGGCUAAACUGCUAGAUUAUCUUUGCCAACUUGUAGAAAGUGUACAGAAAUCUGUUCUAGCAUUGGCUCGGCCCUCGAGGGUUGGCUCGGCCCUCGAGGGUUGGCUCGGCCCUCAAGGGUUGGCCCGGCCCUCGAGGGUUGGCUCGGCCCUCGAGGGUUGGCUCGGCCCUCGAGGGUUGGCUCGGCCCUCGAGGGUUGGCUCGGCCCUCAAGGGUUGGCUCGGCCCUCGAGGGUUGACCACGGGUAUGGGCCACGCUCUAAUGCUACUAGGAGUGAACCUCCCGUCCCUAGGACAGAACAACUUGGCAAUCUCGUAACUUAUUCCUGUAGACGACUGCACUUAUUCUUGUCUGUUUUUAUGUAUUUUGUUAAUCUUUAUUUAGUAUAAAUCUACUCACAUACUAUCACGAAUCCUGCAAUUUGAUUGGCUUCCGUACUCACUAUCUAUUGAGCAAUAGAUAGCGAGUAGCAAAAAAAACGGCGUUUUUCACAAAAACCACAUGAAUUAUUAUUAAAAUCGUCAGCUAUUCGAAGGUAGUAUGUAAGUGGAUUUAUACUAAAACAAUUAGACUACUCGUUCUCGUUUUCUAUGAGUCGGCGCUACGCGCCUCGUUGACUAUCUAUUGACUAAUUGACUAAUUGUUAAAUAAAAGUGUGGAGGAAGCCUCGAAAUAAAAUAAUUAAUUAAUUAAAUUAAUUUUAAGGAGGCUUCUUCACAAGCAGUAGCAAUCUCAAAAA